AUGAAGAAUGGAACAGUCAUUCUUUCUGUGCUCAAGUUUUCAGAACAGAAUUCCAGAAGCAGCUGGGUGGGCACCACGGCCGGGAUCACCACCAUCGAGGCGGUGAAGCGCAAGAUCCAGGUUCUGCAGCAGCAGGCGGAUGAUGCCAAGGAGAGGGCCGAGCGCCUCCAGCGGGAAGUGGAGGGAGAAAGGCUGGCCCGGGAGCAGGCCGAAACUGAGGUGGCCUCCUUGAACCAUAGGAUCCAGCUGGUUGAAGAAGAAAACCGAGCUCUAAAAAAAAAUGAGGAAAGGCUGGAACUCCAGGAAUUCCAGCUAAAGGAAGCCAAGCACAUUGCAGAAGAGGCAGAUAGGAAGUAUGAAGAGGUGGCUCGUAAGUUGGUGAUUAUUGAAGGAGACUUGGAACGCACGGAGGAACGAGCCGAGCUGGCAGAGUCCCGUUGCCGAGAGAUGGAUGAGCAGAUCAGACUGAUGGACCAGAAGUGUCUGAGUGCUGCUGAAGAAAAGUAUUCUCAAAAAGAAGACAAGUAUGAAGAGGAAGUAAAGAUUCUCACUGACAAACUCAAGGAGGCAGAGACUCGUGCCGAGUUUGCUGAAAGAUCCGUAGCCAAACUGGAAAAGACCAUCAAUGAGUUGGAAGAUAAGCUGAAAUGCACCAAAGAGGAGCAUCUCUGUACACAAAGGAUUCUGGACCAGACCCUGCUGGUCCUGAACGACAUGUAG